UGAGCAAAUACAUAUUUUUGCUGUGAAUAGUGGUUUCAUGUUUCCCAUGUAAAAACUAAAAGAUGAACAAUAUGCUAUGUUAACCCACAUUUGUUUCAAUUUUGAGAUGUAUUGUAGAAAUAGAGUCUAAAAAAAACGAAAGAUCGCAGGAACAUUUGUCCUCUCGCACAGCCUGAUGGGUAGUAUGCUAACGUCGAAGCUGCGUUGACGGGAGCCGCGCCACUCCAGCGGCAGGAAAGUUCAUACCGGGGAAAACAAACAAGCUGCAGCCAUGUCUGCUUCCCUGAUGGCAGAGCGGGACAGGCUCCAGGAGGAGGUGGAAAAUAUGGAGCGUGCCCUGUGUGUGACCCCUGCGGAGGUGGUUCUACUGAGCAGUGACUCAGAUGAUUCAGAUGAUGAGGCGGAAGAGGAUGAGGCAGGGCAGUCUGCAGCAGGUCUUCUAGCUCAGAGGGAGAAGGUUCAGAAGGAGAUCCAGGACCUGGAGGACAUGCUUGGAUCUCACAGUCCCAUCAUCGUGUCAGAUGAAGACAGCAGCAGCUCCAGUGAUGAGAGUGACCUCGGUCUGACUCAGUCAGUGGAUUCAUGUCUGCAGUUGAACCUCGUCUAUCAGCAGGUGAUGCAAGAGACUCUGGAUCAACUGGAGGUUCUGCUAAAAACCAACCAGAAACAGCAGGAGGAGCUCAUAGCUCAGAUGAGUGGGCCAUACAAAGAAUCUUCUAGAGGCCAACUUGCUCGCUCGACCUAUCAGCAGCCAGUCAGGAUGUUCUUGGGCCGCUUCUUGAAACCCUACUUCAAAGACAAACUGACUGGACUGGGUCCUCCAGCAAAUGAGGAAACAAAGCAGAAGGCCCUCAGGAUGGCAGUAUACCUGGAUGACAGGAAGCUGAAGCAGAAACGAUGGGAAAGCUGGCAGAAAACUUUGCUGAUUCACUCUGUUGCUCGAGAUGGCUUGAAGAGACUCAUCCAGCCCAAACUCUCAAAGGUGGACUACUUGUCACAGAAGUUGUCGGGGGCAAAGGAAGCAGAUAAACAGUCACUGAGAGAGCAGAUACUCAACUUGGAGGACGAGAUCGAGCAGCUCAGGGAAAAGAAGGAGGAAGAGCUGAUUGGUUCACGGUAUGAAGAACAUGACUGGCAGAAAAUCUCAAAUAUCGAUUUUGAAGGGACAAAAGAGCCAGAAGACAUCCGUCUUUUCUGGCAAAACUUUCUUCAUCCGUCUAUCAAUAAGAAAACGUGGAGUAAAGAGGAGGUGCAACAACUGAAGGAGGUCAGCGCGAGAUACAACAACAGACACUGGGAGACCAUUGCUCAGGAGCUUGGGAUGGGAAGGACGGGUUUCAUGUGCCUCCAGGUGUUCCAGCGUUUCGUGUCUCGGUCUCUGAAGCGAGGCAGCUGGACCCCAGAGGAGGAUGCGCUGUUAAAAGAGCUGGUGAACAAAAUGAGGAUUGGAAACUUCAUCCCUUACACACAGAUCAGUUACUUCAUUGAGGGUCGUGAUCCAACGCAGCUCCUCAACAGAUGGACCCUAAAUUUGGACCCGAGCUUGAAGAAAGGCGCUUGGACCAAAGAGGAAGACAAACUUUUACUGCGGGCGGUUUCCCGCCUUGGAGAAACCUGGUGGAAGGUGCGGAUGGAGGUCCCUGGACGCAGCAUCAUGGCCUGUAGGGAGAGAUAUCACGACUGCCUGAAGGCGGGGUUGAAGAAAGGACCAUUCAACAGGAAGGAGAGAGAGCUGCUCCGGGAGCUGGUUGACAAACAUGGAGUCGGUCGUUGGGCGAAGAUCGCUGCAGAGAUUCCUAAUCGUUUGGACUGUCAGUGCCUGAGAGAGUGGAAAAAGCUGACCAAGUGUCCUGCUCAGCGUCAUCCGAGAGGAAAUGGUCCAUCCAGGAGAGCCAAGGACAGAAAAGCGGGACAGAAAACGGCAGCUUCCAAAGCGAAGAAGGGCAUCAGAAGACGACUUGUUCGAGUGAAAGAGGAGGAACUGACAGAGGAAGAGGAUGAAGAUGAGGAUUGUGUGAUACCGUACAUGGACAGUGACGACGAGAUAGAGAAGAAGGAACGCGAGGAGACGGAGAGAGUGGAGGAAAAGCCGUACGUCAUCCCUCCCAUGAAGGAGUGGGUUCCCACGGAGAAGGCCGCGACAUUCUCCCACCUUUGCUCCUCCCUGGUGGUUUUACCACCAAUGUCCGAUGGUGCUACAGGAAAACUAACCCGAUCAACCAUCCUGGGAAAAUGUGGGCGCUCUGUGAUCCUAGGACCAUGUCCGAGAGAAUUACCAUGGGAAGAGAGACACAAAAGGAAUGCCAUGAUUAUGUUUACGCCUAAGCAGCUCCAAGUCUACUUGACCAAACGGGCUCACAAGGUAAAUGCUUCAGGCUCCCACCAAAAAGCCCGCUCCGGCAAGCGGAAAGCCAAAGAGACCAAUCAGGGGGUCGGCUAUGAGCUGCAAGCGGCCGUGGCGCCAUGGAUCGGCAACCUGCUGAUUGCAACAACAACCAAAGUCAAGGCUGUUGAUAUCCUGAGGGAGAACGCAGAGAGGAGCGGUUACUCCUCCACCUCCUUCUUCCUGCUCCUGCUCCAAGCGGAGAACGUGGAUGUCAUCGGCUGCAAGGAGAUCAUUGAGAAUAGGAAGAACAAGGUGGUGAUUAAAACUCCCACCCCAAGCCCCUCGGCCGUCCAGGUUACAAAGAGUGUCAUACAAAUCCUUCAGCAGAGGAAGAGGCAGAUGGAGCAACAGGAUGUGGAGGUGGACCAGCACAGCUGCAUAACGCAAGAAAAGAAGGGGCUGCAGUCUCCUCCUCUGUCCUCCUCCACGCAGCUUCACACCCAACCCCACAACCUUCUCCAUAUGCCUCCACAGACCCCCCAUGGUCCUAUUUCUCAAAUUGUUUGUAUUCGUCCUCAAAUCCUACACAACAAUUCUUCCCUCAACUUCACUCCCUUCACUUCCCGGAGCACGGCUCUUCCUGCUCCUAAAAUAUUUAGUCCUGCAGCUUCACAGGUUUGUCAGAGACCAAAUGCUGCAGCUUUAGUUCCAUCCUCCUCCCAAAAUCCAGCUAUGUCCUCCAGCUCAGUCUUGACUGGAAAUCGAGCUGCUCAGUCCAAUCCCAGUCCCAUUACUGCUGCUCCCAGCCCCACCAUCAGCUCAUCUGGAGUCAUGGAGCAGAUGGAGGCGGAGCCAACUGCUGCAGGCAGCAGUUCUUCUGCUGCGUCCUUGGCACGAGUGAAAGGGGUGGAUAAUGGCACAAAACGGGACAGAAUAAAGAUUCAAGAGCUGACUCGGGAACCCCAGUCACGGAGAUGUGGACUUACAUGGUGUGCUGCAUACGUUCAUACCUCCAGACCUUCCAACCAGACGUCCUUGAAUGCGGACAGCCUAACUUCUUCCCGUCCUCCCAUCACAGCUAGCAGUGAAUCCUCAGCUCUCCGAUCAUCUCUGCUCGCUGAUCAUAACUACACCAACCUCCGCCAUUACCAAACCUCCGUUCCCCUUAACCAGAUCAACACCUCCACUGAUAAACCCCUAAAACGUUCAGUCGGAGGAAGGAAAAGGCAGAUGGAGGUUGAGCAGCUGGAUGGGGAGAGAGUGGGUGAUGCUGGUGCAGAAGAGACCCAGGCAGGGAAGAGGCGUCGCCAGCUGAGUGAGAAGGGCAAAGCUCACCGGGCGGCUUUGCAGGCCAAGAUGGAAACGAAACAGAAGAACCUCUCCUCUCGUAGCAAGAAGUCUCCUUCAAAGAAGAAAGUCGGCGUUCAGGCCUCUUUGGAGCCUCAACCAGCCAGGGUGUGCAUGUUACCCACUCGGGCCAUGUGGGUCAUGACCCCAGCCGGACUGGUUCCGAUGGCUAAACCACAAGCUGUGCCGAUGACGAUACUCAAAGGCCCCCCCUGCCUCCCUCCCCAAAGCAGUUUAGGCUCUCCUCUGCCUCCAACCGCCCCAACAGCUCAAAGCCCUCAGUCUGCCGGACUGAAGGCAGCAUUUGUGUCUGUACCUCUCUCCACCCUUGAGCCCAUUCAGCCUUCACCUGCCCCGCCCACCUCUCUCUCAAAGCCACUUCUUGUGCCUCUUAAUCAGAGGUCCUCCUCCCGGUCACAGUCUCCUCCCAACCUUGCAGGUUGUGAAGGUGUGAUAAAAAGGCAAUCAGGUGAGACUUCUCCCAUCAGAAGCAAGGGAAUCGGCUUUGACCCCUCCCUGAUGUUCCAAGAGCCUCAAGAAAAAGUUCACGAUUGGCUGAGUGGAAGAGGGGGGGUGCCUGCUGGGAGUGUAGCUUUGCCAUACCUGCCCCCCUUUGUCAGCACUCUAAACAUGAUGACUGCUCUGCUGCUGGCUAAGAAGUCCCUGACGCAGUCCUCACUGGACUUGCUCCCUGAAGGUCCCAAACCCAGACCACCCCAAGCCCAACCCAUAUCUAAAGCUGCGAGCUGCUCCGACCGCCCUCCACCCAAUAAGCCAGGUUCCACCUCAGACUGUAGCGGAGCCAGCAACCAGCCUGCGGAGCAUAGAGCUGCAGCUCCCGCCGCUGGUACCGACGAGCAGCAGAGAGAAGAGCAGGUAGAGGAGGAGCAGGUGAGGACGGUGCGUCGGAUGGUGGCGGAGCGCUUUUCCACUAACCCCGCCUACCAGCUGCUCAAGGCCCGCUUCCUGUCCUCCUUCACUCUUCCUGCCCUCCUGGCGACGAUGCCGCAAGUCACAAACGAGGAAAUGAUCCAGGAGGUGGAGGAUGAGGAGCAACCGUUUGUAAAGAAGAAGAGAGGUCAGAGAUCAGGGCUGCUGUCUGAGGACUCUGACGUUUCUGCCAGUCACUUCUCAGGGAUCAGCACCACCAGCAAGCCGCGCCUCUCCAAUGGAAGCUAAAUGGCACCGAUGGAAAACCCGUCCAUGUGUUCAAAUGUUAUAAAUUCAGGUUCUAUGAAGAAGAAACAAAGUGAGAUUGAAUAGGUCUUCUUCUUUGUGUUGUUUUAGUAUAUACUGAACAAUUUCUACAAUUAAAAUUCAGUUAUUUUUCUAUUGUAUAAAGUUUUUAAUGCUAAACAAGAUUUCUUUUGCACAUGUGUUGAGGAGCAGUCAACAAUCUGACCUCCUUACGCUUUUGGUUCUGAGUCUGCCCAGCUCAGGUUUUUGCUGCUCCUCUUUUUCAAAGUUAAAUAAUUCAAAUAAAGUAUUUAUUUUAAAAUGUUAAAAAGAAAUGUUAAGGUUGUUAUGGAGCUCCACAGUUUGUUCCAAAGCUCCAUUGUUAAGUGUUGUUAGUUUGUUGCUUCUGACAAUUUAUUUUUUUCUACAAAAAGUUUUUUAUUUUCUAAUAAAAAGAUUAAAUCAAAUGGU